GGAGAGAAGGAGGAAGUAAAAGUGCAGCGAGGAGGAAGUCAGUCUGUCAUUUGAAGCUGUUUCUCUCUGGUACUAAAACACGCUGAACACCAUGGCUCAAGCAGACAUUGCACUCAUUGGUUUGGCUGUCAUGGGCCAAAACCUCAUCAUGAACAUGAAUGACCAUGGCUUCGUGGUGUGUGCUUACAACCGAACCGUGUCCAAGGUGCAUGACUUCCUGAAGAACGAGGCAAAGGGCUCCAAGGUGAUUGGAGCGGAGUCUCUGGAGGACAUGGUGGCCAAACUGAAGAAACCCAGGAGGAUCAUCCUGCUGGUCAAGGCUGGACAGGCUGUGGACGACUUCAUCGACAAACUGGUUCCUCUUCUCGAGGCCGGGGAUAUCAUCAUCGACGGUGGCAACUCUGAAUACAGAGACACAACACGGCGGUGCAAGAGUCUGCAAGAGAAGGGCUUGCUGUUUGUCGGCAGUGGAGUCAGUGGUGGAGAGGAAGGGGCACGUUAUGGACCCUCACUCAUGCCAGGAGGACAUAAAGAGGCCUGGCCACACAUAAAAGACAUCUUCCAGAGCAUCGCUGCCAAGGUGGGAAAGGAACCUUGCUGUGACUGGGUUGGAGAUGAGGGUGCUGGUCAUUUUGUGAAAAUGGUCCAUAACGGCAUUGAGUAUGGCGACAUGCAGCUGAUUUGUGAGGCCUAUCACCUGAUGAAGGAUGUUCUGGGUAUGGACCACGAAGAGAUGGCACAGGCGUUCGACAGCUGGAACAAGACAGAGUUGGACUCCUUCCUGAUCGAGAUCACGGCUAACAUCCUUAAGUACAGAGACUCCGAUGGUACACAUCUGUUGCCCAAGAUCCGCGACAGCGCUGGACAGAAAGGCACAGGGAAGUGGACGGCCAUUUCAGCCCUGGAGUACGGCACACCUGUGACUCUGAUCGGCGAGGCUGUCUUUGCCAGAUGCCUGUCCUCUCUAAAGGAUGAGAGAGUGGAGGCCAGCAAAAGCCUUUUAGGGCCACAGGGCAUCAAAUACAGCGGUGACAAGGCUUCCUUCCUGGAGGACAUCAGAAAGGCUCUCUACGCCUCCAAGAUCAUUUCCUACGCGCAGGGCUUCAUGCUGCUGCGGCAGGCGGCCAAAGAGUUCGGCUGGACCCUCAACUACGGCGCGAUCGCUCUGAUGUGGCGAGGAGGCUGCAUCAUCCGAAGCGUCUUCCUGGGUGAAAUCAAAGAGGCGUUUGACCGGGACGCUGAGCUGCAGAACUUGCUGCUGGACACGUUCUUCAGUAAUGCUGUGCAGGAAUGUCAGGAGUCAUGGCGCAGAACAGUCAGCACUGGAGUCCAGCAUGGCAUCCCGAUGCCAUGUUUCACCACAGCUCUGUCCUUCUACGAUGGUUACAGACAUGAAAAGCUGCCAGCCAAUCUCCUCCAGGCUCAGAGAGAUUACUUUGGAGCUCACACAUAUGAACUCCUGUCAGACCCCGGUCGUUUCAUCCACACCAACUGGACCGGCCACGGUGGGAACGUCUCCUCUUCCUCCUACAACGCUUAAGGAUCAUCUUCACGUCAUGGAAAGACGAGGGGAAGAUAUCUGUGAGAGAAGACAUGUUACACAUUCCAGCUUUAUAACCAUGCUCCCCCCCUCCACCCCAAACAAUCACCUUAAUCCGACUUUUUACUCCCCUCAAAGACGCACCGUUACAGUUUUAUUUAUCAAGAAGCGGAAUCAUAAAUUAUGUGUGUUGUAAACUCUUCAGCCUGUAGGACCAACCAACAAAGUGUUGACUCCUGGAUGCUAUCAGGCUAAAGUUGGGCCCAGAGUUCACGUUGUUAACACUGGAUUAAGUUGAACCAUUGCACUGUGCUGUAUUAGGCUAAAUAAAGAUCUCAAUCCCUUUAUAAUUAGCUUGUAUGCUCCUUACUCUCUGGUCGCCUUAAACAGGAUUGAGGUGUGUUUGUGUGUACAGCGCUAAAUCAGGCAACUAGUGACAUAAGGUGACGGGAUAUUCAGUAAGCCACAAUGGCGUAUCAAUACAUGUCUGAAGUGUAGAUAUAUAUACAGUGAAUGUUAAAAUAUACAAACUAGAAAGUGCACACCUCCCCUACAGUUGCAUAAUCCUACAAAUUGGCUAUUUCAGUGAUUAAAAAUAUUGUUUUAAUCUGUAUCUUGCCCCACAUCAAAAUUAAAUUUGGUGACAGACAA